GCAUCUCAGAUCAGCAUCAGGGCUUUUGUGUAUUCAGCAGUGUCCGACUUGCUCAUGUUUCGUUCAGUUAAGCUUUUACUUGUAUGCACGCUGCACUGAAUCCCUUUGGACGUAUUCAGUUUCAUCUAAAACAGUCUUCCUUGUUCACUGUCCAGAUAAUUAACACUGAAACAAAACAGUGUGUCUCUUGUCAUGGCACAGUGCUGGGCUAUGUUCCUCUCAUCAAGUGCAUUUUUGGAUUGGUGAGUGGGCUGGCCAAGUUGGUCCUGUUACCUUAGUUUUAAGAGGUUUUCUGGAGCUUCCACUUUAGUCUCCGGCUUGUAUCUUUAGAGUAAAGACUGUAAGAGUGUGGCUUUAUUCACUGGAGAAGAUGGUUUUCCUCACACCCAAAAUAAUGCAAAGAACUGCUCUAUUUGUGACGUUUGGAGGUUUUGUCACUUCUUUGAUGACCAUGUUUAUUCCUUUUUGGAAAACGAUGAAUUCAGACUUAAAUGAAAUGGAGAACUGGUUUUCUGGACUGUUCCACAUGUGUCUCUAUACAGAAGAAGUAGGAAUUCAGUGCAAAGCUUAUGAGUCGAUUUUAGCGCUGCCUAUGGACCUUCAGAUCUCCAGAGUGCUCAUGUCUGUAUCUAUCGGAACAGGUGCCUUUGCCAUUGUGAUGGCAUUUCUUGGUCUGGAAGGAGUGGAGAUUUUUCAGCCUGGGCUCAAAAGAGGACUGCUCAUCUUUAGCGGGGUCCUGACAUGGAUCUCUGGCCUCACUACCCUGGCCCCUAUAUCAAUAGUGGCCUAUACGACUGUGGUUGAAUUUUGGGAUGAGGGUUUCCCCGAUGUGAUGCCCCGCUGGGAGUAUGGAGAGGCCAUGUUCUCUGGAUGGUUCGGAGGUUUUGCUCUGGUCAUUGGAGGGACACUGUUCUUUAUUGCUGUGUGCAUGGGAGACUUUGAUCAGAGUAUCCAAACUGUACCUGGCAGUCCGCUGCCAAAGCAAAGGACACAGAAUUAUCUUAAGACUGAGGUGUUAUGA